GAGACACUGAAGGUACCUAACCUAGGCCUAUUCUUUCAUAUUCUACAACCAAUUUCUUCCAGUAUUUCUUCAUACCUACCUACACUACAUAUCUCUGUCCUUGUAUGUACUCAAGCUUCUCAAAGUCGUCUCAACAAUUUCAGCUGGAAUAAAGAAACGCCCAUCCCACAGUACAUCACCUGCAUCUCCAAUACAAAAAGAACGUCGCCAGCCUAGAACAGAAAUCCAAUCCUACAACACAUGGCGACUAACGUCAAAGUUGUGGGAACCGACCUUAAACAGGUGACCAUUAAAGUCAAUCCUGGAACCUACCUGACAGAUGUCUUAGAGCAAGCUUGCGAGAAGCUCAAGGUCCCCUCCGACAGAUAUCUGUUCAAGUACAAGCAAAAGCAGCUGGACCUCUCCCAGACAUUUCGAACCUCAGGUCUACCACCAGGAGCCAAACUCGAACUCAUCGUCCGCUCCAACACUCCCUCCGCCAUCAACGUCGCCUUACAAUUCCCACCUCCCGAGUCAAACCUGUUUCCUCCCUCUGGCCGGGUGACGGAGAAGCUACCGAGUGAUCUCACGAUAUGGCAGCUGCUGCGCCAGUUCGAGAGCGGCAAGUCGAGCCAGGGGAAGAACCUGAAUAUCACGGGGAGGGGCGUGGCGCAGACGAAUAACGGUGCGGCCGCAGGUAGUGGCCAGCUGUAUUACGAGACUCCGGUCCUGACGAUCGAGAAUAGGACGCUGUCGACCUUUGCAGACUUCCAGAAGACCCUGUCGCAGCUGGGAUACAAUUCUGGAGGUGUCCUGAUACGUCUGUCUUUCCAGAAGACUGACAAGACGCUGGUGGAUGCUAUGGGAGAGAUAAAUCAAUUCUUCAAGACUGGAGAUGCGAAUCAGCAAAAGGCACAAGAGUCUAAUAGCGAACCCACGACGAAUACCGAGGUGGCUCCAUCAGCUGAUGCCCCUCCCUCGGAAAGCGCAACGGGUGCUCCUUUAGCCGACAAGCAGGAGGCGGACGAACCUAAAACAGCUCAGAAUGAGAGCACAGAUUCUUCUUCCGCGGCGCAACCGCCCCAAACAGACGCCAUGGACGUCGAUCCCCCAUCCUCUGAUAACCGCCCUGUUACCAUCUUUUCUGCGCCUGCUUCAGGUACACCAGCCGCAGCCUUGCGAGACGAGUCCGACGACGCCUUUGCGCCGCGCAUCGAGCACGCGCAGGCCCACCAGAGGCUACUCAAGACCGCGGGCGAAAACAAGCGCCUCCUCUCAGACAAGGAACUCGAAGAAAAGGCCGCCGCCCAAGCAGCCAGGGUAGCAGCUGUCAAGUCCAUCAAGAUCAGGGUCCGCUUCCCGGACAACUUCUCCGCCGAGUGGCCCUUCGGCCCGGACGAUACCGGCGCCACGCUGUACUCCGAGAUCAGGAAGAUCAUGGCCAACGACGCCGCGCCGUUCAAGCUGGUCCUCCCCCCCGGCAAGACGGCGAUCAGGGACGACAGCAGCCCCGCGAGCAGGCUCAUCGGCGGAUAUCGCCUGAGCUCGAACACGCUGGUGAAUUUCAUGUGGGACGACAAGGUCCCCGCUGAGAUCAGGAAGCAGCCCUUCUUGAAGAACAGCGCCGCCGGUCACGCGCAGAAAGUCGUCGUCCCUGAAGUUCCUGAGGUUGCCGACGAGGAGGAGGCAACUCCUAGCAACGCUACUACUAACCCGUCAAUACCCGCGUCCAAGCCGAGAGGCGACGGCGACGGGUCUGGGUUCAAGAAACCUAAGUGGCUAAAGGGGUUUGGGAAAAAGUGACAUGAGUUAGUUAUUCAUGAAUGAUGUUCCACAGGUUUAGCUUAGAAUUAGGGAAUCAAUAUCCGCUCGGAGUUCAGGCAGCAUUAUCAAGGAGAUUCUGUUUCACUUGGCAUAUUUUCACUAAGAGGCACUUGAUUUUUUGAAAUGAAAUGAAUAUAAUUUGGCUUCCCAAAUCAAGAUUCUUAAGUCUUG